AUGGAAGGAGAAGGUGAUGGUACAGUUCAGACAGAGGAUGGCCAUAUGAGGAUGGAAGGGGCUGAUGGUGGGUCAGGUCCUACGUAUACCAUCUCUAAGGAAGAUGGCACAGCACAUGGCACAGAAGGCAACACUACACCAUCUCCAGAGGAAGGUGUCCAGAUAAAUGAUGAAGAGUCAGUAGCUUCCACCGAGACAACCCUGACUACAAAGGCAGACAGGGAAGUAAGAGAGUUGAUGAAAUCUGUUAUUGACUCUUCUGAAUCCAUUGAGGACCAGUCAAGCUUCACUCAGGAUGGUAGUGAGGCAACAGAGAUACACAUACCAGAUCUGGAUAUUAGCUUUGACCAGUCAGAAACUGGUUCUGUUAUUUUGGGACAAAACAUUAACCAAUCAGAGAAUGAUUCAGUCAUUGAAGGUGUUGUAGGUCAAUCAGAAAAUUGUGGGUUAGAGAUAGAAAGUGUUGAUCAAUCAGAUAAUGGGUCUGUUGUGGAAACAGUACCAAUCAUUUCACAGGGAGCCAACCGUAUCAGUGUCAACAAUGAAUCUGAUUCUCAGGAAGAUGAAUUAGAUUCUACAAGUACAAACUUUGCUGAUAAUCCAGAAGACAAUAAUUAUAAGUUUCCAACUUCAGACCAGUCAGAUUCAAGUCCCAGAGAUAACAGUAAUCCAGAAGAGUAUGGUCAGUUGAUUCAUAAAGAAUCUGUGUCACCUGUAUUAAUUACAUCACAACCUGAUGGUACUGUUUCUCCCAGGUUACAGGUUCAAGAUGGCAACAUCUCUCAAGAAAAAUCCUUGCAAGAGAAAUCUGAAGAUGGUAAUAUUUUCCCGGCUUUUCCUGAGGAAGAGGUGUCAAAAGACGGUACAUUGUCUGAUGUUCAGUUACAUGAGAUGUCGGAAAAAGGAUCACCAUUAAGUUUACAGUCACAGCAACAAGGCCAAGUUGGACAAGAUGAUCAACAGAGUCUGAAUUCUGUGUCAAGCACACAACUAGAGGAAUAUGAUAGUAUGAACUCUUUUAACCAAUACACGGAGCAGAAAAAUGAGGACCAAGUAAGUCCAGAGACAGAUGAAGGUCAAUCUUCAGAUGGAAAUACCCAACCAGACAUGACAGCCAAUUUGUAUAUUACUAGUGAAACCAAAGAUGGUGAUGAUGACCAAGCUGGUGACAUUGAGGAAAGAAGAAAGGAAGAAAGCAAAGAAGUGGCCGAUGAAUCUGAAGAAGAGGAUUCUAGUCAGUUUGCUCAGCUAAUUGUUCAACAUGUUCUAGGCCAUGCAGUAUCCUCUUUCAAUGAAAGUGACACUUCACUUCAUGAUGAUACAACCGAUGCUGGUUCACAGAUAUCUUUGCCUACAGAUGUAGGUGUAAAACCCACAAUUGAUAACAGUGUGCCCCAGUAUCAUCAAGCUACUAAUAUACACGGAGACAUCAAAGCUACAAUUAAUGGUGGGACAUCACCCCCAAUGUAUCAGGCUACAGGUACAGAGGACAGGUCACUGGACCAGAGUGGUGGGCAACAAAUUACCAGGAGUCUUGCAGACUUUCAGAUCGAUAAUAGUACAUACCUGGAAGAUUCAUCAGGAGGUAGUGGGUUGGAACUUCUUAAAAGAUCUAAUAUUACUUUGGAUUCAGAGAUGGAAAAUGAAACAUUUGAUAUUUCCAUGGUUUCUGGUGAAAGUACCCAGACAGACAACCCAGAAGGCAUUGUUAUUUGUGGGAAGGGAACUCAGAAGUAUACUGUUGAGGAUACAAUGUCCGACACAGAUUGUUGUGGACCACACAGCAAGUUAGCUCCCUUGGCAGCAUAUCCUGAAUUUCCUGAAAACUAUGGUAAUUAUAAAGUGUGUAGAACGGUGGGACCAAAUGAAAAAGAGUGUUUAAUUUUGGAAACAGGGGAAAAUGUCACCUGUAAGAAGAACAGCAAAAUUCCAAAAACUUUCAGUGUUAGACAAACGGAUAAAGGUAAUGGUAAGGAAUUUGUGUCGCAGCCUCUGAAUGCUGACCAGUCCUCUCACAGUUCUCAUAGCUCAAUGCUUUCUGAUAGCUCCAGAAAUCAUAAAUCUUUCCCUGAAAAAGGCAGUGUCCCUGUGUACACUUCUAUACCUAGAGAGGAAGAGGAAGUGAACAAACAUCCAAUGUUUACAGAGGUCUGA